CAUUGAUUCCCAUUGACUUUGCUGAUAAGUUCAACACUGCAAUCUUUCCCGCACGGCCAAUAUGCAACCACAUUAUGCCAAUGGACUUAUGGCUAUUGGUACUAUUGAUCUUCAUGGAUAAUAGAUAUCCUCUUGACUAUCUACCAUAUCUCCAGUCUCCUUCCAGAGACCUUCCAUUAGUUCUCACUCGCCUCAGUGCCUCCUUUGACUCAACACUACUUUGGUCUGGAUCAGUCUCAGGUGGUGAAGAAGACAAGGCUCAGGGAGAGGAGAACCUAGAGCGUAGUUUCUUACGUGCCUGUGAUAUUAUCGUUGCCUGAAAU